UUCAGGAUUAAUGGAAAUGAAAUGCAGCUGUGUUUAUUAGUGUUGGAACUAAACUCUGCAGGACAGUGGCCCUCCAGGACCCAGGGUUCCGCACUCCUGGUUUAAAAGAAGCACCUUGGAGCUGUUCCCAGAGUUCUUUUGCUUUUGCUAUUGUGUUUAUCUUCUGGGUAGAGCACGCAACCCAUGACAGAGCUGACAAAUAUCGCAUUAUUCCACCAUUGUUUCCCGCGGGUACAGUAGGUCCAAAAAGCUGUUUUCGAUCUUGCAUAUACUGUAUAAAUCUACUAUCAUCGAGCUACACACCACUUUCAUAAGUUGGCUUUUAACUCUUGAUCAUCAUGUGGCUUCUGUUGAGAUUCUGCUUGAUCUCCUCACUCGUCCACCCAGUUCAAAUGCUGCAAUGUUGGAAUGGGUUUAACUAUCAUAAACCAUCUUUAAAAGCCUGUCCUGCUAACUAUUAUUGUGCUGUUCUCCAGUUAGGCAAUUCUUCAACCGUACAGACUUGCCUAUCUAAUGAAAACACCUGUAAUUUCACAACACCUACAAGUGUUAAUUUGGGGUUUUAUGAUGUAUUACUGUCAUGCUGCGACACAGAUGGCUGUAACAAUGUCAGAUUGCCUGAAAAAAACAAUGUCCCGAAUGGACUUAAGUGUGACUCAUGCAAGAGUGCGGUAGACAAAGAGUGCAAAACUCCACUGUCUUGUGUGGGAGCCCAGGAAUGCUGCUUCAAUAUGACAGAUUUUCAAGUGUUGGGAAAUUACACAUGGAAGGGCUGUACUUCAAAAAAUUUUCGUGGAAUCACAUCAAACUCCACAGUCUCGCUUAGCUGCUACAAUAAAGAGAAUCUAAAUCCUAGCCCUAAACCCACCACUAGCACUAACACUAAAUCUACUACUUACACUAACUUUACCUCUUCAAAUGCAGUUCAAAUGCUGAAAUGUUGGAAUGGGUUAAACUAUCAGAACGCAUCUUUAAAAGCCUGUCCUGCUAACUAUUAUUGUGCUGUUCUCCAGUCAGGCAAUUCUUCAACCGUACAGACAUGCCUAUCUUAUGAGAAACCCUGUAAUUUCACAACACCUACAAGUGUUAAUUUGGGGUUUUAUGAUGUAUUACUGUCAUGCUGCAACACAGAUGGCUGUAACAAUGGCAGUCUGCCUGAAAAAAACAAUGUCCCGAAUGGACUUAAGUGUGACUCAUGCAACAGUACGAAAGACAAAGAGUGCAAAACUCCACUGUCUUGUGUGGGAGCCCAGGAAUGCUGCUUCAAUAUGACAGAUUUUCAUUUGAGAAAUUACACAUGGAAGGGAUGUGCUUCAAAAAAUUUUCGUGGAAUGUCAUCAAACUCCACAGUCUCGCUUAGCUGCUACAAUAAGGGGAAUCUAAAUCCUACUCCUAAACCCAGCUCUAGCACCAACACCAAAUCUACUACUUACACUAGAUUUACCUCGAAAUAUACCCCAGGCAACAAAAGUGCAUCUUGGCUGAGAGUCCACAGCUGCAGUCUUCUACUGAUGAGUCUUAGUGCCAUUUUCUUAAAGGAGGUAAAUUAAAUCAUGAAAGCAAGAAAAGAUCUACAGGUUAUUUAGUGUUCUAACACAUCCUGAAGUUUGCCUUCUCAGAGUUUUUCAAAAUAAAAGUAAAUCGGGUUUUAAUGUUGGGAGUUCCUGUCGAGACGAAUGUAACACUUGUUACUUAUGUCCCACUGCUAAGAUUGUUGCAUUAUGUUGAAGAUUUAUAUUAUUCGAUUAAUUUAAUUUCCAUAGUGUUCAUACUGUUGAACUUUUUUUUAAUUUUACUGAAAUUUAAAAUAAAAAAGUGUAAUUUAAUUCGUUUUUUAAAACAUAAAGGACACCAUAUGGGUAGCACUUUAUUUUACAGUAUAGGGUUGACUUAUAUGGUAAAUAAGUUAU